AUGGAUUUUUCUUUAAAAAGGUCUUUAACGCGAAUCGGAAGCCCACAGCCACCAAGGGCAGCUUCUGAUACCUUGUCUUCAACUAACGCUCUUACACCAACUCCAGAACCACCAAAAACUCAAACUAGUAAUACUGCUUCUUCCACCCGCCAAAAUGUAAAGGUUACUGUUAGAGUAAGACCUCCAAAUGCCGUAGAAUUGACUAGAGGUGAAACUGAAAUUUGGGAAGUUGACAACUCACUUGGCAAAGUGAGCCUACAGGUGGAUUUUAUGGAACGAUACAGAAAGCAAAUGGCCGAAUAUUUUUAUGACGAAGUGUUCACUGGUAGCGAUAAUAAAUUGCUAUUUGAGAGAGGUGUGCGAGAUACUAUUAG